CUGAGAAGUCGACCUUUCUCUCUCGGCACUCUCCUUCGUUCUUAACACAAAGAAACUUCAGCCGUUACUUACGAGAGUGAAAGGCAACACACACAGAGAGAGAAAGAGAAAAAGACAUGGAGAUGGAGGAAGAUCGAGAGAGAAAGAAAGAAACUGGUUUUAUUUCUUCGUUAAAGGGAUUUGCUCCCUUUGCAGCCAUGGUUUUUGUCGAAUUCGGUGAAGUAGGCAUGCUUACUUUCACCAAAGCCUCCAUGAAUGCUGGUAUCAGCACCUUUGUCUAUCUCGUCUACUACAAUUCACUCGGCGUCAUUCUUCUUUUUCCAUUCUUCCUCUACCGCAUCUACAGGAACAAGCAAUCUGAUCUCACAUUCGCUCUCCUCUUCAGAUUUUUCCUUUUAGGCCUUUUUGGGAGAAGCUUGCUGCUUUUUGGUUAUACAGGGAUCCGUUAUAGUUCUCCGGCUCUGGCUGCAGCUAUCAACAAUCUAGUACCUGUUUUCACAUUCUUGCUUGCCAUUAUUUUCAAGAUUGAGAAAAUGGAUUUGAAGAAUGUAAGUAGUGUUGCAAAAUUUUUGGGAACUAUAGUUGCUGUAUCAGGUGCAUUAGUGGAUACCCUAUAUAAAGGCCCACCAAUCAUUUCGGGUACAUCUCAGUCUGCUUUAGAUCCUCAAGCCCUUGCAGCCGAUGACUCAAAAUGGGCACUGGGCGGUCUUUUGCUUGGAAUCAGUGCCUUUUCUAUUGCAACAUGGAAUAUCUUACAGGCAGCAACUGUAAAGCUAUACCCAGAGAAGAUAAGUGUUGUGUUUUUCUUCAGCUUGUUUGGUACUCUUCAAUGCGCAAUUAUUGCAUUCAUUGUUGAAAAAGACCCAAUUGCUUGGAUAAUACCCCCUGGAAUCCCUACAGUUGCUAUUAUUUAUGCUGGUACGUUUGGAAUAGCGAUACGAUUUAAUAUCAUCACAUGGUGUUUACAUGAGAAGGGUCCUCUCUUUGUUACUAUGUUCAAGCCCCUUGGUAUGGUUAUUGCUGUAAUCUCUGGAAUGGUUUUGCUUGGCGAUGCUCUUUAUCUUGGCAGUGUAAUUGGAGCAGGCAUUAUAGCGGUUGGAUUCUACAUGGUGAUGUGGGGACAAGGUAAAGAAAGUAAAGUAACACCAUCUCUUACAAAAGAGAGAAAAUCGUUGUGGAAGAAGUUGUCUCAGCGUUGGAAUCGUAAAGCCCAACUGUAGUUCGGAAAGAUAGGUUAUAUACGUAACACAAAAUCUUUAUACGUAAGGGUGGGAAUCAAGCUUAUAAAGGAGCAAACAACAAAGGUGUGAACUAACAUAUAAUUUUAAAGCAUUUAUUUUCGAGCCAUCAUCACGUGUUUUUGGCUCAUCGACACUUGUAGUGGCUUGUGCGAGCUAUCGAGACAACCCAUGAUUGGUUUCUAACUAGAUUGGCCUGUGGUUAAAUGCUUAAGAGAGAGUUUGGACUCUUUAGAACUUGAAAGAAGCUUAGAUGAUCUUCUUUUUGAGGAUAAAAUGAAAUGUUUAUAAUAGUUAUAGCAAAAUAUUUAUUUACUAAUAAGUUGGGUUUUGUAUUAUGUAAUGCUAAAUAUUUGUUACAUCACAUCCUCCUCCAAAGUCACCAUUAACAAAAUAUUUUUCUGUUUGUUUUGUUUGAUCUUCAUGUGUUA